CAAAAUUUUAGCGAGGAACACCGUGUGCGUGACUUUGCUCGAGUGGCGCCCGUUGACGGCACCCACACAAGCAGGUUGACACACAGGCGAGUUGCUCGAAGGCGCGAGAGAGAGCAAGGCAGGGAAGCACAGGGACGAGUACAUUACUCAACUCUGCGCAGAGGUCAUGUUGGCGUGGAGAGACAGGGGCAGUCGACGGUUGGGCGUGGGCUGCGUGAUGAUGACUGUGGCGUGGGUGGCGGUGUGCGGAAGUGCUGGGGAAGGCGCAGGCGUUGGUGGGCAAGACGAGGCACGGCUGACGUGGAGCAAGGCCAGUGGCCUGCAUGCGCUGAUGUAUGCAUACACGGCGUAUUGCACCGAGGCGCAGGUCACGGCGUGGUCGUGUCGGUACUGUGGCCAUCACGGGACGGAGAGCUUCAUCCCGAUGUACAUCAUCGCUAACGCUACGCACAACUCGUUUGGCUUUGUCGGCUACGAGCGUGAGACCGGCACGGCCAUUGUCUCGUUCCGCGGUACGGUCAUGACCUCGCUCAAGAACUGGAUUUCAGACUUGGUCUCGGCCGAGAUGGUGCCGCUGCCCGGGACGGGCGUGUACGUCGGCGAGGGCUUCCUCCAUGCGUGGCUCUCGGUGAGGGCGCAGGUGCACAUUGCGGUGCGGAGCGUGAUGGACACACACUCGCCGCAGCGGAUCUUGGUCACAGGCCACUCGCUUGGCGCAGCGCUGGCGACUCUCGCGGUGCUCGAUAUCAAGGCAGCGGUUGGCAACGUGCCGGUCAACGUGAUCACCUUUGGCGAUCCGCGCGUCGGUGACGCCUCGUUUGCCAAGCACUACGUCCGUACGCUGGGCACAGACUCGACAAUCCGGGUGACGUGGAAGCACGAUCUGGUGCCACACCUCCCGCCCGAGGCGCUGGGAUUUGUCCACGUCCCCACCGAGGUGUGGGGCCAUGUCCCGGAAGGCAGCCGCAACGUCAACUAUACGGUGUGCGACGGGUCGGGUGAGGACCCGUACUGCUCCGACUCUGUUGCAUUUCCCGCCUCGGUCUUUGACCAUCUUCACUACAUGGGCAUCUACGAGAACGGAUGCAUUGAUGUCUCGGGCGGCUCGACUUCGGGCUCGAGCGGCACCUCGUCGUCGUCGACCAGCGGUGGCGCCGAUGGCGAGAUCGUCGGGGGCGGGCGCGGGCGCGUGCCAGUGGUGGAUCGCAGGUCGGAGAUGUGGUGAGCCGGCAGCAAAGAAAGCGUCUCGCAGUUGUGGGGUUGGGUGUGUGGAUGAUACGAAGACGCUGGUGGGCGGCCCUGACCCGCACCUAUCCACGUCAGGCCAGCGGGUGCCCCAGACUGACCCGGCCGCUGAGGAUACAAAACUCGGACGGAUCGG